AUGGGAACAUUGAAAAGUCACACAAUCGUCCAGGUUUACGGGUCGACUGCCACCAGUAGUCAUUGCUUAGCCUAUUUUCCCCUCUUUGCCUCAACUAUGGGAGAUCCCUUAUCCGUUCUUGGUGCUGCGGUUGGCGUGACAUCACUGAUUAUUCAAUUAGCGGAUGAUUGUAUCAAAGGCUACAAAUUCUACCAGGAAGCUGCAAAUCUGCCACAAUCGCAUCGUCACAUACUAGUGCGCCUUCACAUCGAGCAACAGCGCUUCCUCAACUUUGCACUCGAGGCCGGUGUCUUGAACGCAGACCGAGUCAUCUGCAGCACCCUCCAGGUCAACCGCUCUUUGUUGCUCGCUGUUCUUGCCGAAAUCAAGGUCUUGUUUGACGAAUUCGCAGCAUCCAAUGGCAAGUAUGAACAGAUCGUUGGAAACAGUGAUAUCGAGUGGAAAGAUCACUCUGAGCCAGAAGGUGAUCUCAUGGGCCUUCUUUGUUUGAAACGGAGCGACCAGAUUGAGAGCGAGGGCCCGAAAUCUGCAAGUCAAAGAAAAGAGGCUGCUAAUCCAGUUCGUGGACUUAGACGAACCAUCGCUGAAACGGCCAAAAGUCUGCGGACAAUAGCCAUAGAGCCUAAACGUCUGGUUUGGGCAAGUGUGGAUAAGCAAUCUUUCGAAGUUUUAGUUUCGAAGAUUGAGAAUCUGAAUUCCUUUCUCGUAGCACUCUUGGAUAGCUCACAGCUCCGGAGACUACAGGAUUCUAUGAAUAUGGCCUACUUGGAGAUCUUGCAGCUUCGCAAUGACGUCGUUGAUUUGACAGCACUAGUCAAGGCAUUAUCGCCAAUAUCAGAAUACCAACGGAACCUUCCUCCAGGAGCUGACAUAGCGAACAAUGCAUUGUCUCGAGCAGUUGUGGAGGAGCAGGCGGCACAGGAUAAGCAGAAAAUCUACCUGAAACGCUUAGUUCAGAUCAAAAUCCAACUCACAAAGAUGAGCAAUUUGAAUGACCCACCAGAUACUCCAGAUUUUACUCAAUUGGACAAUGCACAGCUUCUGCUAGAGGACUUCGAGUUCAAGGAAGGUGCGCUUGAGCCCGAGAACCUGCAGCAAAGAACAUGGGCAAACUAUCAUGGUAAAACAGUCUGGAUAGAGUGGAAAGAGGUUCCAAUUAUCUCUUCUUUCCGUCCCGACGAUGUGCAAAUGCAGUGGAGGAUAGGCAUGUUAACAGAUCUCUUACGCUCAGUCAAGCCAGAUGGCUUCCGGGCGCCGCCAUGUCUUGGGUAUAUCAAGGCAACAGACGCAGAUGACGCGACUCUUUUCGGGCUUGUUUUUGAAGGGCCUUCAAGUACAGAGUCCAAAAUUGUCACUCUUCGAGAGUUGCUCGCGGAACCCCUAAAACCUUCGCUCAGCACACGUAUAGCACUCUGCGCAGCUCUAGCUCGCUGUCUGCACGGCCUCCAUGCCGUGAACUGGCUACACAAGGCCUUCCGAUCGGAUAACAUCAUCUUCUUUACUUCUGUCUCUUCCCCGGAUCUUCAAUCACCAUUCGUCUCUGGAUUCGAGCUUUCGCGUCCUAGCAACAUGGAUCAAUGGACUGAGAAACCUAUAUUUGAGCCUGCCAAAGACAUUUACCGUCAUCCUAACGCGCAGUCGAACCAAACAGACGGCAAUUAUCUUAAAUCGUACGACAUCUACAGCCUAGGCGUUAUUAUGGUUGAAAUUGCGCUCUGGCGUCCUAUCGAGGAUGUCAUUGGACUAGAGAGUCUUUCAAAGGCCAGACCACCAAUGCUUCAAAAAACGCAGCAGCAGCUUCUACGGAGUCGUUUCAAAGUUGACACAGUGAACUCAGAGUUUCUUUUGCCGCAGAUCAGUGCUGCAUGCGGGCAUUCGCUAUGCAAAAUCAUUGAGCACUGCUUGAACAUGGAUAUCGAAUCUCAGCUAGGAUCAAAUGCUUCCUUGCAAAUAGAGCAAGUAACAGACCUAAACUUUGUACAAAAGCUGGAGCGUAUUGCUGAAGAAAUAUAGUUAGCAUUGAAAGUUCUUG